CCCACCAGGAGCAGCAGAGGAGCUCCGGUGGGCACAGAGAGAGAGAGAGUUUGGGACAGAGAGAUUCAUACACGGACUUUUUAAAUGUUAAAUAACUUUAGUGUAGUGCCGUUAGCCACACGCGUGAUUGCAGUAAUUUAUUAACACGUUGGGUUUUGUUCGUUCGAAUUUUUUUAUUCUCAUUGCUUUGCCGCUGUGCAAUCCUAAACUCACACUCCUUAAAUGCUGUCAGCGCGAAAUUGAGAUAUAUUUGAAAUUAUAUUUGAAAUUGCUUUGGCGAUUCUCCUAAUCUAACCUCGUCGCAAUUAUACCAUCGCUGUUCCUUUGCAGUUUAAACAAAAACAGCAGCAACAAAAUCAGGACGCCUGCUACAUUUCGCGGGACGAACAAACCCACCGCGGGUUUACGCUGAACACAGAGAGAGAAAUCAAGAGAGAGGGCAUCGGCAAAUCUUCUCCCCCACCCGCCCAUCCUCACAGCCUCCAGAUCGUCACAUCUUGCUCGCAGUUGUAUCGCCAUCGACAGUGCAGCUCAAGUUUGGUUGCCGUGAUCGAGGAGUUUCCGCCGCAACCCCGUCCAAAACAACAACAGCAGCGACAACAACAACAGCAGCGACAACAACAACAACAGCAGCAGCAGCAACCAUGGGCCAACAACAGAUGGGCGGAGGGGAGAGGAUCCCGGGCGAGCAGGAGAUGGGAGUUGCGGAGCUGCAGGAGUGGUACAAAAAGUUUGUGGUGGAGUGUCCAAGCGGGACGCUCUUCAUGCACGAAUUCAAGCGCUUCUUCGGCGUCCAAGACAACGACGAGGCGGCCGAAUAUCUGGAGAACAUGUUCCGCGCGUUCGACAAGAACGGGGACAACACGAUAGACUUCCUUGAGUACGUCGCCGUGCUGAACCUGGUGCUACGGGGCAAGCUGGAGCACAAGCUCAAGUGGACCUUCAAGAUAUACGACAAAGACGGCAGCGGCUGCAUCGACCGCCAGGAGCUGCGCGAGAUCAUCGAGUCCAUCUACAACAUGAAGAAAGCCAUCAAUCAGCAGGAUGAGGGACCCCUUCUCUCUCCGGACGAAGUCUGCACCCGCAUAUUUAGGCUCAUGGACGACAACGAUGAUGGCGAGCUGUCACUCGAGGAGUUCCUGGAGGGUGCGCGGAAGGACGCGUGGGUGCUGCGGAUGCUUCAGCUCGAAAUCGACCCCAGCAUCUGGUUCAGCGAGAAUCGAGAGAAGAACACCAUGCUGAAGCAGUGAAACUGCAUUGCCCUUCCCUGCCCUCUCCUUCCCUGCCCUCUCCUUCCCUUCCCUAUCCUCUCUCAUCAUGCCCUUUCUUGCCCACUACUCUCCCACCAUGCCCUUCUCUGCCCUCUCCUUCCCUGCCCUCUCCGCUCCCAUUAUGCCCUUGUCUGCUCUCUAACAUGAAUAUAUAAAAGGGCUAACAUUUAUAACAAUGAGCCUUCUUUAGAAGUAAUGGACGUGUUAUUGACUGAAAUUUUACCCUACUACGGUAUAUAAAAUUUGUCUGCUAUGAGACAGUGCUAAUGACCAGGGGUUGUUUAUUAGACAGGCGAGAAGAUGCACAAACAUUUUGGAGAGAUUAUUACUAUUUGAACCAAUAUUACUCUCGAUUAGAAUUGCUGGCUACAGGCAUAUAAUUAUUUAUCAGAUUAUUCAAAUGUAUUCUCACGCUCGCGAUUCAUCCAUUCCAUCGUGCGUGUAACGAUUGCUCUUUACUAUGUUAAAAAAAUGUAUGCUCAUGUUAAAUGUAGACGAAUGGGAUGAGCAAAACAACGCGCAUGAAACAAGAAUGUACGGGACAGACAGACAGAUGAGAUGAAAUAAAAUCCAUUCUUGAAUCGAACAGCAAUUCCAAAUCAUGACAUUUCAUCACAUUGAACAAGGGGUGGGUUCUUCCAUGCUCAUAAAUGGCCAGGCAUCUCAUUGUGUGACUUGUUAAAACAGCAAACAUCCAAACCUGACUUAAAAAAACGGUCUUGAGAUUCUGAGAGAUGUUCCUGUAUAAAUAUACAAAUUGUGAUCAUUUUUCCCGCUACGGUAUUGUGGAAUAUAAUUCAUAGCCUAUGAGCAACAGCCUAUUUUAUCUUCUUGGCUUUAAACCUCUAACUGUCAAAAUAGAUAAACAGACAAUAUGUCUCUUCACGUACAAAAUAAAACAUUUGAAUACAACCUAUUGUUCCCACGGCCUCCUGGGAGUGCAUAAUUUCAGCAGCAUUGAUUAGGUACAGUUUAACACGUAGGCUUUCGCGACCAAUAUCAUCCAUAAUAAAGGCCUUUGGGUUAGAUUGCGUAAAUAUAUAAUUGUGUCGUUAAACCCGCCACCACCCGACAGCCAAUUAGUAAGGUUUGUCACGUAAACAGAACGUGGCCAAUUCGUUACUAGGACAGCACACCGGUGUGUUGGAGAGCAAAGCCACAACAAUUAUAAUCUGAGUGCAACCAAACUCUGGGCCGUAUUCUUUGGUUCUUUCAGUUUAAGUCACAUAGAUAGAAAAACAUAUAAUAACAAUAAAGUGAAUACAAACAUCACGACGUUUCGAUCGCAACAUAAGCAGUCGUCAUCAGGAAAAGGGGUUAUCCUCUAAAGGCAAAUUGUUUAUGAAGGCUUGGAGAUGGGCGUAGCCCAAGUGUAUCAGCAGCACCAGCAACAUGGCUGGGGUAGUAAUGCCAAUGCAGCAGCAAUGCCAAUGCAGCAGCAAUGCCAAUGCUGCAGCAAUGCCAAUGCAGCAACAAUGCCAAUGCAGCAAAGGGCCACCAGGAAAUCACUACACCCCGCUCAACACACCAUACUGCUGACGGUGGAGGUUGAUUGACAAGAAAACAAGUCAAGUCAUGACCCAAAGUGGUUGAUGACAUCUUGCCAAUGAUUGCCGAGUCUAUAACCUUCCUCUCGGUUGAAACUGUGUCUGUGUUUGUAAAUAUGGAUGGCUUCAUAAACGAUUCUUUGUUGAUAGCCAGGAGGCUUGCAAAGUACCAUCGUCUUAGAGAAAUCAAUUUCGUGUGAGCCAGCCGCCUUAAAAUAAUGAUCAGCCACGGCAGAAGUAUUGGUCCUUCCGUGUUUCAAAUCUGCCUUAUGCUCUCGAAUACGGUCCGAGACAUGUCGAUGAGCUUCCCCAAUGUAAUUGCUGCCGCAGAUACAGCUUAGUUUGUAGACGCCGGGAUAUUGCAUGUCAGGAAUCUUGUCCUUCACAGAUGGGAUCAGAUCACGAAUUUUAUGUACUGUGUUAAAUCGGACCUGGAUCUUGUGUUUGUUCAUGAUUUUGGAAAUAUUUUUGGUUACCCAUGCUAUGUAUGGCAGGGCGAUGGUUUUGAUUGGAUGCUCAGAUGGCUCCUUCCUCACGGUUGGGGUGAUGGCUUUGCGGAUUGUGUAGUCAGAAUAUCCAUUCGCCUUGAGAGCUUGGUGUACGAGUUUGAGUUCACUGGUUAGGUGUUCAUGGUCGGAUAUACAUUGAGCUCUAUGGUGUACCGUUUUGAUGAGGGAAUUCUUCUGGGAUGGAUGGUGGUGGAAAUCGGGUUUUAUGUAGGCGUCAGUAUGGGUUACUUUCCUGGAGUGAAUUCUUUGGUUGUUUCGGUAGAAAGAAAAUAAAUUAAAUAAGAGUACGACAUUUCGAUUGCAACACAAGCCACCGUCAUCAGGUAUAACUACAUUUGAUAGAGAGACAAAACACAGACACGGAGACACACAGACAGACACACAAGCAGUCACGAAAGCUUCCUGGAGUGACUUUACCGAAAGAACCAAAGAAUAGGAAUUCCUGCAGUCACGAAAGUUUUAAGUCAAAAUUUUACACUGGGCCGGUUGAGAUAUAUAGUGUCUCGUCAGUAGUCUUGCUUCCAUGAAACAAUUUUGGUGAACUGCCAAAUGUUAUAGGCAAGGACUCUCUCUUUGAGAUAUGGGUCCUACUUAACAUAUAAUAUACAGCACAAUAUAAUCAUUGUCGUCAUUGUGGAUAAUAGGAAUAACAAAAGAGACGGGCAAUAAGUACUUGCCUAGCUUGUCUGGGUUCUCAGUCUGGGUAAUCGUCAGCAUUAGCGGCCGUAAAUCCUUGAGGCUAUCGCGUGCCUGUCACGCCUCCUCUUGAGAGCUGGGCUCUAGGCCACCGAGACCCUAAUGUGAUAGAUAAUCCAGGUCACCGGGUUCUCUCCAGGCUCCUGCCGAGCGACCUCUACAUGAGAGUAGCACUUCGUCAAAGCGCAUUAGUAGUUUUAAAAAAAACUGUCAUGGUUGGGCGAUAAGGCACUUGCGCUGAAAGCGGGACAGCAGAUAUGUGGAAAAGCGCCUCAGUGGUUCCGUAACAUCAUGUGCUUCUUGGCCACGGUUUGAAUUUGGAUUACUGGCUGUAGUGUGACACGUUUGAAAUUGAAAACGCAUCUCUUUAGAACAG